UUAAAAAGUAACGACUUACUUAAACACUUUUUUUAAACGGGAUAUUGUAUUCCAUGAACGUUUUUGAUAGAUAUUCUGUUUUUAAAUAUAUACAAUAUUAAUAGGUAGUCAAAGGCUCGUGCUUAUAAUUAUAUUCUAGUCACUACUACCGAAACAAAAACGAUUCGUAACAAGAGCACUAAAAUGCUCUCUUUGGUACGAUUGUUUAUAUCUGGAAUAAUAGUGGGAAGCGUUCACGGUCACACUUACGAUGACGUAUUGAAUCUCCGAACAACGUUACUGACGUCAUACAACGCCGACAUACUCCCACUGGACGACCAGUCUGGUUCUUUAAACAUAAACCUGUCGAUGGUUUUAUUUGCGAUGCCGGACGUAGACCCAGUCCGUGGAGCCAUUACGAUGGGUAUAAUGGUGACACAGGAAUGGUACGACGAAAGAUUAACAUGGACACCUUCUGACCACAAUGACACCACCAGUAUCUCUAUUAAAAGCGAAGAUGUAUGGACUCCGCCAUUAACGGUGUCAAAUCCUGUGAAAUUCACACUGCUAGAUACUUCAUGGAUGCAAGUUAUGAUUAUGGCCGACGGAAAGAUUUCAUACACUGUAGGAGGAAUUGUCGACUUUUCUUGCGCCUUUUAUAUGAAGUUUUGGCCUUUUGAUAAGCAGAGUUGCUCUCUGGACCUUUUUCCAUACGGAUAUCCUGCAAGUAAAGUGACUUUUGCCGUGCCCGGAACUGUGGUUGAUACAAGUAUCUAUUCAGAAAAUGGCGAAUGGUUUUUAGACGAAAACUCUUUUGAGUAUGAAAUUAAUAGUAUUUUUGGCAUGACGCGUAUCGUGUACAGCUUUAAAAUGUCUCGGAUUUCGUCUUUUUACUUGCUGACAGUUAUUUUGCCAAUUAACGGCAUCGGGGCUUUAACUUGCUUAGUCUUCUUACUGCCGAGUGAAUCCGGAGAACGAGUGGGCUAUUCUAUAACAAUCAUGUUGUCGCUGGCCGUAUUUUUGACCGUAACUGCUGAAAACCUGCCGAAAAAUGGUGAACCAAUUCCAGUUAUAUUUUUGUAUAUCAUCUUCAAUCUGAUUGUUUGUAUUAGCGCACUUCUCUUGGUCAUCUUGAAUCUAAAGAUAUACUUCAGAACGGAGAAGGACCCAAUGAGAAUGUUCUAUAAAUCGAUUGUCAGAUUCACGCGGCGCAGAUGGUUUCCAAAUAAAACACAAGAUGAACCACGUGGUCGAGGUGGCUCCGCUUCAAAAAUGAAAAGCGAAAUGAUAUUCGUAUCUCAUUCAAAGGCUUCUGGGGCAAUGCAAGUUGAAGAUAUUGCUGAUGAAAUUAAGACCGAGGAUAAUGCCGAAGAUACAACUGAAGAUAUAGAAUGGAAAGAUGUGAGCGAGGCGAUAGAUAAAAUUCUGUUCUACGCGAUGGUUAUCUUAACCUACAUUCCUUCCCUUAUAAUUCUGAUAUACGCAUCCGCUGCAUCUGACUAUGCCACAGAGUCAUAGAUAUACUUGGUUGUUGCUGUUGUUGUUGUUGUAGAGCUGUAUAAACUUAUGUAGUGAUCAUAAUAUCAGAGCUUAGGGAAAUUAGAAUUCACAGUUGUUUUAUAAGAAAGAGAGAUGUUUUAAGUGAAUUUGACUGGUUUAUGAAUAAAUGAAAUGCAAUUACGAAAACCGUGUGCCAUACUUACUCGUACAUUGAUAUCACCUAAACAUAUGUAAGAAUAUACCUAUACAAAUAUACGAGUAACUAUUUCAUAUAUGUAACCAUUUACCUAUACAUGUAGGCUAAAUUAUUAAAUAAUCAACGCCUU